AGAGAUGCGAGGGAUAGAAAUGAUUGCAAUUUUCAAAAGAUUUCUUUUAUUUAUACUAAGAAUAAUACGGCGUGCACUAUGUUGUUUUAGUAGGAAACGUGUCGACUCUGAGUCGCAUCAUGAUGAUCGAUUAGAAGUUGUUAAUGUGAUAAGUGAUAGUCCAAGUUAUAAUAAAAAGUCAAAUGUGAUUGAACGUGAUUGGAACUCAUGGGAUGACCAGCCAAGGACCGUUGAAGAACAUAUUGAACAGUACAGGGAAAACUUAGUGAAAACAAAAGAACCAGAGCCUGUUGUUGAAGUUGAAAACAUUGAUCUCUUUGCGGAUAUGGCACCGAAAAAUUUCAAACAGAAAAAAGUCUACCUCAAUCAAGGAAAUGCAAAUAAUUCAAUUGAUUUUUCACGACUUGAAGCAGAUGCAACUGCCGAAAUUCCGACAACUAAUGAACUUGAAGACUGGAACGAAGAAAGCUAUCAGGUCGGAUGGGAUGAGAUUGACGAUCAAAAUACCAAAAAGCUUAUCAGAGAGACUAAAAAAGAAUUGAGAGCGGCAAAACAUAAACAAAAUAUCAGAUAGGACAAGCUUUUUAAGCAUGACUAAAGUUCAUGCCAUUCUGAUGCGACUGGAUUCACCAUUUAGUAUACAUUUUUUAUUUGAAUUUUUUUGUUGUUUUAUUUAUGUCAAAAUUGAUUAUGAAAUACGAAAAAAGAUUCCAUAGGUAAUUUAUAAUCAUCAAAUCUUCUGAACUUAUGUUAAUAAAGC